CCUGCUAUUAGAAGAGCCCAGCGAACGCGGUCACCAGACUCAGUGACUCACCACACCAAUUCGAAGGCUAUUAAUGGCGCAAACCCCUAUCUGCCUCCCCCAAACCACAUUACUCUGAACAUAGCAGCAGUUAGGACGACUCUUUCAGAUUCGCCCACGAAAUGGGCAAACGACCCAAGAGACCACCGCCGGUGGUGAUCAAGAAACGCGACAGAUUCCACCAAUUUUCGCGUCUGCCGCCUGAGAUCCGUACCCGUGUUUGGGAGCUUACGGAGGCCGAACCGCGGAUUGUCGAGGUCUACACGCAUCCCCCUACUAUUGUUUUCAAGCAGAUCGAGUACAUUAGGUCGCCCGUACGCCCACCUGCCGUCCUACACGUCUGUCGCGAAGCUCGGCGCUGUGCAUUGGCCCGUUCUCUUUACGUGCGUGCCUUCACGUCAGGGUCCAAGCCUCGGGAUACGUGGGUCAACUUUGAGUUCGAUAUGAUCUCCGUCAGGCCUAUUACCUUUGAACCUAUCAAGCCUGAGAAACCCCUGAUUCAGCGUCUGCGUAUACAAGGCAGCCGAAACGAGAACUGGUGUUACUGGAGGUCUAAUGAGAUGGCCACGGAUUUCCCUAGCAUCAAGGAGGUGCAUGUGAUUUGCACGGAUGGCGUUGUUUGGUGGCGUGACGCUAUAGACGACGAUGAUUUCGGCACGCAGAAUGUGAAGUUCUUCAACGAAACGCCAUCAGGCUAUAUGCUUACCUGGAAGGAGCUGGAGGAGAAAUAUCCCAGUAGUUAUAGUUAUAUUGAGUAUGAUGAUGAAUCUAAGUCGAGUUAAGCCACA